AUUUUAUUUUAUUUUAUUUUUUAUGAUCUGACCCAAGAGUUAAACUGAAUAAUUAUGUGAAGAGUAUACCGCCAACCAUUCAAAGUAACCUGAACAGUACUCGGAGACUAUAGCAAACUUUUUUUUGGACUGCAAGUCUAUGAUGUGUGCUUGGACAAGAAGCAAUUGAAUGCUAAGAAAGAGUGCAGAAAAGCCCAAGUCUAAGUUGUCCGGAUGUCUGCGACAUUUGCCUUUUUUAUUAAAUGUUGUAUAGAUGAGUAUCCUUGCAUUUAUUAUUUCCUUGAGGAGAUUCUCCCACUAACCUCUCUCUCUCUCUCUCUCUCUCUCAAAUUUCAUUUGAGAUUGUAGGGUUUGUAUUCAGUACUAGGUGGUGUGUGUGUGUGUGCGCGCUGGGUUGUUGAAUUGAAAGUUGAAAGCUGAGGAAGAGAAAGAGGAGGGAAGAGGAGAUGGGAAGAGCGCCAUGCUGUGACAAAGAAGCAGUGAAAAGAGGAGCAUGGACUCCUGAGGAAGACAAGGUCCUUGUUGACUACAUUACCACCCAUGGCCAUCCUACCUGGCGCUCUCUUCCUAAACUCGCUGGUCUCCUUCGCUGCGGAAAGAGCUGUCGCCUUCGGUGGACCAACUAUCUUCGCCCUGACAUUAUAAGGGGUCCAUUCACUCCUGAAGAAGAGAACAGAAUCAUCCAGCUCCACGGCAUGCUCGGUAACAAGUGGGCUGCCAUUGCUUCCCAUCUACCGGGAAGAACAGACAAUGAGGUUAAAAACUUCUGGAACUCCAAUCUCAAGAAGCGCUUCUUCUGCAUCAGCGGCCUCAACCUGCAGGCCUCCAAGCCACCCUCUGCUUCUAUUUCAAUCAACACGAAACCCGAGCCCCUAUCAACUCGCCAUAUGGCACAAUGGGAGAGCGCCCGGGUUGAGGCUGAAGCACGGCUCUCAAUGAACUCACUUCUCAGCCCAUCACAAACUGUGAAAACUGACUCUGAUUACUUCCUCAGGCUAUGGAAUUCUGAAGUUGGAGAAUCAUUUCGAAGCCUAAAUGGAAGGAGGGAAAGUCAAAGCCCAAUAUCCCAAACGUCCUCAUCAACAAAAGUGGGGUCUGGUUCGGGUGUCACGAUGCAGGCAGGGCCUUCGAGGACUAGUUCUCCAAUAGAACAAAAAUGUAUCUGUGCAAAUGAUAUGAUGGGUGGUUCAGAGUGCUCGAAUUCAUAUGAAUUGGAUGAUUCUUCGAAUUCAGCAAUGAAUUUGCUGCUAGAUUUUCCUAGCGGCGACGAUGAUAUGGGAUUCCUACAAGGACAGCCCGAUGAUGUCUCCAUUUUCUUUCGACAUUGAAUGCUUACCUGGAGGUGAUAUUGAUGGAACUUUUCAAACCUAGUGUGUUUACUCUGUUAUAAAUCUUUAUUUUCAAUCUAGUUGGUUUUCUUGAAUUUCAUCUAAUAGUUGCCCAAAUUUCGACUGUAGCCAAGAAGAUAUCUUUAAGUUGGAUUUGUUGAUGAAAAAAUACCCAGUUUUGGUGCUAAGUUGACCUGGCUCAGUUCAAUGAUCCUAUCUAUACAUAUAUAUAUAUAUAUAUAUGUGGUUUGUUUUCUUUUAUCCAAAAAGUUCAUCUGAUAUGCAUAUAGAAGUGUAAAUCCCUUCUUUACGCUCCAUUUGUUUUUGUAGAAUAUAUUUUCUGACAUUUGAUUCAAUAGAAAAAACAAAAGUACACAAAAAUAAGCUUAUUUGAACAGAAAAUUUUCACCUCUAUAAUGUCAAAAUUGUUUUUCAGAGUAAAAUCUUAUCAAUGCCACAAGCACUACCGUAACCCCUAGCACACUAAUUUCAAGGUCCCAAUAAAAAUUUAUGAAAACGUUUUUUUGCAGAAAAUAUUUUCUGUUAGAAACAAACGACACACUAGUUUGCCUGUAAUGUGCUGCAGGUGAGGAAGAACACAUACAAAAUACAAAUUUGUAUACCAUUUCUCAUCAGAAAUUGCAUCCAUAGGCUAAACUGAAUAAUAAUCUUCAUUCCAAAGAAAUCUGUUUUGUACAUAUACAUAGAAAUACAUCACUAUACACACAAUAAUGAACAGUAAGAAAUUGACCAGCAAAUAAGCACGUAAAACAGCCCAAAAUACAAAAA